GUGUUGAACAAGAUCUUUCAGAAAUUCAGUUAUGGAAUCAGCAGAUGGGUUGGCACCCAAUAAGCUCUGGAUAUCGGGUAACAUGACGGUAGAAUAAGAAAGUCCGCUGGACGUCACGCGUCACGAUGAGCGCAUACGCGAAGAGUCACGUGGUCACAUUCCCCAACAAAGUUCCGUGGUGCGCACUGCGCUCAACGUGCAUGGCUUCAUCGACACCAACUGCAAAAGUCGAGCCUGAGGACUCCAAGCCCUUCUCCCCAGAAGAGCAACAUGCAGAGCAUUCCUGGCUCGAAAAUGCUAUAUCUAGUUCCAUUCGGUUUAUCAUGAACCUCGUUCGCCCAGUAGCACCUCAGCUGGUUCCAUUACUCAUAUGUCUUGCACUAAUUCCAGUUAUCAUAUUUUUCUCCUUGUUUUCUGGCUGGUACAUUUGGAAGAACGUUGCUGUAGGGUGGGAGUCCCCUCUGUAUCUGCAAUACGGCGAUGGUACGUCUCCGUAUGCUGAGAUAUCGUUGCCAUCUCUGGUACCUAGCCAACUCUAUGAUAUCUCCAUACACCUCGUUAUACCAGCAUCAGAGGCAAAUUUUGCCCUGGGGAACUUCAUGACUACUUUGACGCUUUCAACGCCUUCUAAUAGAACUUUGGCAUCAAUUAGGAAACCAGCUAUAGUCCUGCCACCUACGAAAAGCCGAGUAUGGUCGUCGCCCAAAUUAGUCAACCUCGACGUUCUUUUCCUCGAGUCGCACGCACCCGGUGUGUCUCGUGCCAUCGCCAGAGUGGAAUUGGGGCGGAGGGAUGGAUGGAGGGCUCUUGGCAAUGGUGAAGGGCGAGAGUUGACGGUUUUUUCUGCAUCCCUGAGAGGGACCGUCAAGCACCACGGUAUUCGGGGGCUUGUGACACGCUUCCCAGUCACGUCUUCCAUUGUAUCAUCUGCCAUUUUUCUCGUGAUAUCUCUUCUUGUGCUCGCGGCAUGCAUUCUUCCUGCAAUUCAAUGGCGCUUCCCAAGUGAGGACUACGGAUCUGGUGAGCCGACGGAAGAAGUUCUCAAAGAGCGCAUAUACCGCAAGAGGAGGCAAAGGAGAAAGUUAUCCCCAAGGAAUGAAAAUUCGUCGCCAAGCGAAUAUAAAAUAGAGGAUGUCCCGAUUGAUAUGCCUUCUGCGGUUACGUUCUCUGAUCAACCAUUGCGGCGGCGUCGCUCAAGAGCCUCGGAUACUUUCUACGAUUCUGAACCUUGAAUGUUUCCUGUUGGACUGUAAUUGUUUUCCAUGUUUCAUUGUCACACCCCUGUAUUUAUAGUUCUGUCCCUGGUAGUAGUAGGUAUAAUCUCGCCUUGUGUAAUUCCACGUAUCUCAGUCCAUUUUGAGGUACAAUUCUAAAAUGUCGCUGUCAUUGUCAAGUUCAAUUGAUACCUACGCGGACCUAAACCUUUCCUAAUUUAGCCACAUGGGAUACCUAAA